UUCAUUUGAAUUGUUUGCUUUACUUAUUGAAGCACAUAUAUUUAAUGAACUGCUCUUAUUCUAAUUAUGAAUCAUUUUUCAUUUUACGGUAUUCAAAAUAUUAAAUUUUUAUUCAGUGACAGCUGUCUUAAAGGUUAGAUGUCUGAUUUAAAACAACUGGUUGCAGAGGAGGGCCGAGAAGCAAAAAAUCUCUUGGCCUUUCACAUUUCUGUUAAAUCUGAUUCAAACAAAUUAGCAAAGAAACCUCCAACUAUUCCCCGCACAGAAUCUAAGAGCAAGCGAUUAAUCUCUUCGUCUUCAGCUGAUUCCAGUAAUCAAAUGACUCCAAGAAUUCGAUCAGCAUCAACUGGUCGUGAUAAAAAAUCAGAAUUACAUGCCAGAUAUUGGGCUUUGUUGUUUGGAAACUUACAAAGAGCUGUUGGAGAAAUUUAUUCUACAGUAGAAAAUUUUGAAAAUUUGUCAUCAUGUCAAGAGGCUAUAUUGGUUCUAGAAAAUUACACAAGGGAAUUCAGAGCACUUGCUGAUUGGUUCCAGUUAAAAUGGAGUUUUGAAAAAAUGCCCCCACCGCAGAGACCAUCGUCAUUAGCAUGGGAAAUCAGAAAAAGCAGUCCAGUUUUUUUGAAUUCAAAUCGCAGAUAUGGUGUAUCUAGCGCCAGUACUUCGGGUAAAGGAAGCCCAUGCUUUGAUAACUCUGGAAAAUCAAGUCCCUGUCUUUCUGAAAUUGGUUCUGAUAAGCACAAUGAUAUCAAAUUAAGUGAAACUGAAAAUCGUGGCACUGCAAAUAGUUCUUUAAUUGCUGUGGCAGGAAGUGUUCCAAAAGUGCCUGAGUUAAAUUCAUGUGAUACAGGAGGGAGUUCUAAAUUUGAAACUGUGGACAGUAGCAGAAGUACAAAGUCAUCAAAUAGUUCACAAAGUUAUGUAAAUGAUGGUAGCACAGAUGACCCUUCUUCGGAUGUUAAUAAAAAGGAAAGUAAUAUAAGCAAAUCUUCUGAAAGUGCUACUAGUAGUAUUAAUGAAAUAAUGGAUAGAAUGGAAUUGGAGUUUUUGAGUAAAAUUUUUGAUAAAAAGAAAAAGUGUGAAAUAAAUUCAAAUACUAUUCCUACCGAGACAAUCCUUUUUUUAAAAUCACAACCACUGACUCUAAAUAAAAGCAAUAAUGAGUGUCUAAAAAGAGCAUCCAAAUUAUCUGGUCAAAACCAAAGUGGAUGUCAAGCAUUCAAGGAUGAUCAUUUUGUUAAAUUUAAUUCAUUUAAAGAUGAAAAUACAAAAGAUAUUUCACACGGGAUACAAGAUAAAAGUUUGUCAAAAUCACAAUUGAAUAAUUCAUUAAAAACUGUGCAAAUGGUGCAAAAACAGAAUUUGAAGAAAAUACCAAUAUCAUCAAAUAAAUCUUCAGUUUCUUUUGAAAAUAAAUCUUUGCAAAAUCGAAGUAAAACUAUGACAGACAUUCAUAAGAAAACAAGUACACAAUUAAGUAGGACGGCUAGUAUUAAAUCUAGAUCAAAUUCUGUAAUGCCAGUUAAGGAUGUUAUUGGAAAUUGUAAAAAUCAUUUGAACCCAAAUGAUACAAAAUCAUUGAACCAUCAAAAACAUAAUUCUAACAGAUAUGCAGUUGGUGUAAAAAAAACUAAAGAUGUGAACAUGAAAGCAAAUAAAAUUAGUGAUUCUGUUAACAUUUUAAAAGUACAGGACAAAUCUAAUUGUCUGAAUAAUAGUAUGCAAACUAAAUGUGAAGAUGGUUGGUUAACAGUAAAUAGAAAGCGCCGUCCUAGUUCUUACUUGACAAUGAGAUUUUAUCAGCCUUCUUCUUCCACUAGUCUUCCCACACUAACAUUUGAUUCCAAUGAUAAGCCAUUAGAUACCCAUAAAAAUAAAAUAAUUAACUUAGAAUAUGAAUAUAAUGGGGAGUGUUAUGACACAGUUUCAGGCUUGGAAGCAAAUUUUAGUGCUAACCCAAUAAACAAAAUGCUCAUAAGGAAUCCAAAAAUUCAGUUGCUAAAAAACAGAGAUGAAAAUUGGUCAGGAAGUUCAACAAUUACAAUCAUAGGUUCUGAUAAAACUAUGAGCGCAGAAACUUUAGUAGGUGAUCAAUAUGAUCAUAAAAAUAUGUCAGAAAUAGGUGAUGGAGAACCAGCAAAAGUUGUUAAAACCCGUAAGGGUAAACAAUUACAGGAAUCAUCACAGCAUGAAUUGCUAGAAAAGCAUAAUUUUGAUUAUAUAAAUUUGUCUCAGUUGCCUAAAUGCUGCCCCAAAGCAAUCGCCAAAGAAAAAGAGUUCUCUCACCAGUUUAAAUACACAUGCAGUGAAGUAAAAGAAAGUUCCAACAAUACUAGCAUACCUACAAAAAUCAACAUUGAAAAGUCACAAAGUUGUUCACAAAUAUGCAGAAAUGUAAAAAAUUCUCAAACUCCUAUUAGCAAGAUUUCAACAAAUCAGAAGAACAUGCAACUGCAUUUUAGAGAAUCUUCAACUAGUUCAUGUUAUACUAGUCAAACCAGUUCACCUGAGAAAAAUUUUCAGUAUUCAAUUAAUAGCGAAAUUAAUUCUGGUUCAGAGCACAGUAAAGGAAACUUUGAUUAUGGUGCUGAAACUAUUUCUGGAAAUCUGAAUUACAAUGAUAUAUCAUUAACUGAUAUUGAGGUAAAUGAAGAUAUUUUGUCUGACCAAGAUCAGCGAAUGCUAUUUGAAGAAGAAGAAAGUUUACAUAGGCAGAUAAGAGAAUUACAGUACUGUGAAAUCGAUAUUGAUACAGAAACAGAUGAAACUGAAACUGACUGUGAGGCACUUACUGAAGGUGAAUGCACUGAACCUUUUGAAAUACCAGGAAUGUCUCUGGAAGUGAGAUAUGAACCUAUAUUGUCAGAAAUGUCAUGGGGUGAGAGAGUUGAUGCUCUUGCUACAUUGGAAGCUCUCGUGGCUCGCCAUCCUGGUCGAGCUAUGCAAUUGCACCAAAAGCUUUCAAGUCCUUCGAGAAGGAGGUCUUUACCUGAGACACUCAGAAAAUAUCAAGCUAAACAAGCGCGGGCGCAGCAGAAACGGCAAGCACUUCAACAAGAAAGAUCUUUGAGAAUUCAACAACUAUUAGCAAGAGUAGAAGAUGUUAAGGCGGCUCGACAUCAAUUGAUUGAGGAAAAGAGAAUUAGAAUGGAACAAAGAUUACAAAAAGCUGCAGAAAAUCGUGAUCAGCACUUGAAGGGCAUUGUCAGAAAGGCUCAUGAUGAGGAAGCAAAACUGAAAGAAAUUGCUUUCAUAAAAACUUUAGAAGCACAGAAUAAGAAACAUGAAUUUUUGGAGUUAUGCAAGGAGCAGAGUGGUAGAUUGCAAGGAAUACAACAGGAUAGACAGAAGAAAUUGGAAGAGAAAGCUGCUAAGGAAGCUGCAGUUGAAAGACGAAGGUGUGCUUUGGAAUUAGAGAGAUUAAAAAGACUGGAACAAAUGAGAGAGAGUCGAAAAGAAAGAGAAGAAAGAGUGGGCAGGAGACAAGAGCAAAAAUAUCAGGCCAGGCAACGGAUUGCUAGAGAAAAGGCACGGGAUAGAGAAGAAAGGCUGUCAGCUUUACAAGCUCAACAGGAAGCAACAGUUUUCGAACUUAAGAGGAAAAUUAACCAAAAGCAAGAAGAAACAUCUAGGAGACAUGAUCAGCAAAUUGAACAUAUAAAACAAAAAGCUGUUGAAUUAUCGAAUCCUCGUGAUUUUAUGGAUGAACCAUUAAUUCCUGAUAUCACACCUUAUGCAAACAUCAAAAUGUGUAAUAUUUGUAAAGUCAUGUUGAAGUCAGAAAUUUAUUUACUAAGUCAUAUAAAAGGAAGAUUGCAUAUGGAAAAUGUACACAGCUCAUCACUAUUAUCUGAUAUGGCUCAAACAUCUGAUGUUAUGCAAAAAUAUUAUAUGCAACAUAUUUGUGAUGCUCCUGAAGAGGAAAUAUCUAAAUUGGAGCGUGCCGCAAAAGAAAACAACAAAAAUAUGAAGAAGAAAUCAAAGAAGAUACGUCAAAAAUUGAUGAAAAAUCCUUCAGAAUACACAAUGCACAUUCCAACGUAUGAUGCACUGCCAACAAAUCAUAAUAAAAUUUUGACUUACAUUAAGUCUUUACAACUUACAAAUACAAAAGUUCAUGCCAAUGUUGUCGGAGCAGGACCGGAUAAACAUUUACAAGGACUUUUAAUGCACUUGAAACAAAAUUCAGCUGAUAGGACCAUGUUUUUGAAAUCUGGAGGUUUGACAAUACUGUCACAAAUUAUUUCCCGAGGUCCAAAUAAGACAUUCACAACCAAGAGUCUAACAAUAGCUGCACAAGUAUUUAAUUAUACUUGCAUGAAUCAUCAAGAAAAUCAGAAACAUGCUAUAAUGAGCAAUGGCAUUCUAUCACUACUAGAUGUUCUGAAUACCACACUACGGCGAUUUGCUUCAAUUUCCGAAGCCGAAGAUGAAGACAUGGUUUUGUGCGUGGAGCUGCUGCGGGCACUGAAUUGUACGCUGAUCGUUGACCCGUCUCGUGAUAACAGUUUGGCGCCAGAAAUCAAAGAGAAACUAUGCGACAUAGUCGGAUAUUUAACCAGUAACUGAUGCCCCUACUCAUUGAGGGUAACAAAUCACUUACUUCACUGGAAUGGUAAUGGUUUGGUAGAAUAAUAUGAACAAAGCACAUUAUCAUAUAAGGGGG